GGAAGAUGGACCCGGCGCCCUCGCUGGGCUGCAGCCUCAAGGAUGUGAAGUGGAGCUCGGUGGCCGUUCCGCUCGACCUGCUGGUCAGCACUUACCGGCUGCCCCAGAUCGCGAGGCUGGACAGCGGAGAAUGCAUAGAAGGGCUGCGGGAAAACGACUACCUUCUGAUCCACUCCUGCCGGCAGUGGACCACCAUCACCGCCCACAGCCUGGAGGAGGGCCACUACGUCAUUGGGCCGAAGAUAGAGAUCCCAGUCCACUAUGCGGGCCAAUUCAAGCUGCUGGAACAAGACCGAGAUAUAAAGGAGCCAGUGCAAUAUUUCAACAGUGUGGAGGAGGUGGCUAAAGCAUUUCCUGAACGUGUGUACGUCAUGGAGGAAAUAACAUUCAACGUAAAGGUUGCUUCUGGUGAAUGCAAUGAAGACACGGAAGUUUACAACAUCACCCUGUGUACUGGGGAUGAACUCACUCUCAUGGGGCAGGCAGAAAUCCUCUAUGCAAAGACUUUUAAGGAAAAAUCGAGACUCAACACAAUCUUCAAAAAGAUUGGCAAGCUCAACUCCAUCAGCAAGCUGGGAAAAGGCAAAAUGCCAUGCCUCAUUUGCAUGAAUCACCGGACCAAUGAAAGCAUCAGCCUUCCCUUCCAGUGCAAGGGCAGAUUUAGCACCCGAAGUCCGCUAGAACUUCAGAUGCAGGAGGGUGAACACACCAUCCGCAACAUCGUGGAGAAAACCAGGCUUCCUGUGAAUGUGACUGUGCCCAGCCCCCCGCCGAGGAAUCCCUACGACCUCCACUUCAUCCGCGAGGGGCACCGCUACAAGUUUGUGAACAUCCAGACCAAGACCGUGGUGGUCUGCUGUGUGCUGCGGAACAACAAGAUCCUCCCCAUGCACUUCCCUUUGCACUUGACUGUCCCCAAAUUUAGUCUCCCAGAACACCUGGUGAAGGGGGACAUAUGGCCAGAAACCCUGGUCCAUCACUGGCUGGGUAUCUGCCAAGAGCAGUUUGACAUCGAUGAGUAUUCACGUGCUGUCCGCGACGUAAAAACCGACUGGAAUGAGGACUGCAAGAGCCCCAAAAAGGGCCGGUGCUCCGGCCACAACCAUGUGCCCAAUUCCCUUAGCUACGCUCGAGAUGAGCUCACCCAGUCUUUCCACCGGCUCUCGGUCUGUGUGUAUGGCAACAAUCUCCAUGGCAACAGCGAGGUGAACCUCCAUGGCUGCAGGAACCUGGGGGGAGAAUGGGCCCCCUUUCCUCAUGACAUGCUGCCCUAUCAGGACUCGGGUGACAGUGGGAGUGACUACCUUUUCCCAGAAUCUAGUGAAGAAUCAACGGGCAUCCCAGGAAAGUCAGAACUUCCUUAUGAAGAGCUGUGGCUGGAGGAAAGCAAUCCCAACCAUCAGCCUCUCACCCGCUCCCUGAGCGAAAAGAGCAGAUGUGAGCAGUUUAGAGGUUCUGUCCGGUCCAAAUGUGUAACUUCCCCUCUUCCUGUCCCUGGAACUGUGGGAGCAGCAAUGAAGUCUUCAGAGAUUGCCCUACCUCCACCUCCAGUGCCUCCCAAAUCUGAAGCCGUCAGGGAAGAGUGCCGGCUCCUGAACGCCCCACCUGUUCCGCCCCGGAGCACAAAGCCUUUGUCCACCAGUCCCUCCAUCCCUCCUCGCUCAGUCAAGCCAGCGCGGCAGCAGACUCGCUCUCCCAGCCCCACCUUGUCCUACUAUUCUUCAGGGCUGCACGACAUCAGCGUCACUAAGAGCGACACCAGCCCUUCUGAAAGUGCUCCUGUUUCCUGCUAUCCGUGCAACCGAGGGAAAGCCGAUUCUGUGGACCUGAAGUCCCCCUCGGGAAGUCCUUCUGCCGACGCGCUCUCCUCCCGCCUCUCUUGGCCUAACCAUUACUCGGGAGCAGCGGAGAGCCAGACCAGGAGCGACUUCCUGCUGGAUCCAAGCCGGAGUUACAGUUACCCUCGGCAGAAGACCCCAGGCACACCAAAGAGAAACUGCCCGGCACCUUUUGAUUUUGAAGGCCCUGAGUCCUCGGCCUGCCCCACCAGCUCAGCCCCUGCAGAGCCCAGUAGCAGCGUCUCCGGUUGUCCCAAGUCAGCAAGCUACUGUCUGGAGAGCACAGAUCGGAAAACUCUCACAGCCGGCACAACAAAGCAGAGUAUCUCGUGCCCUGCCUUGCCGCCCAGGGCCCCCAAACCAGUGGAAGAGAAAGCCUCCUCCGGAACUUCCCCUUUGCCUCUGAAAAUCGAUGGUGCUGAGGAAGACCCCAAGUCUGGGUCACCGGACCUCUCGGAGGACCAGUAUUUUGUUAAAAAGGGCAUGCAGGACAUCUUCUCGGUCUCUUACCCCUUCUCAUCCCCGCUCCACCUCCAGCUGGCCCCCAGGUCCUGCGGCGACGGCUCCCCAUGGCAGCCGCCCGCCGACCUCUCAGGGCUGUCAAUAGAAGAAGUGUCCAAGUCCUUACGGUUUAUUGGUUUGUCUGAGGAUGUCAUAUCGUUCUUCGUUACUGAAAAGAUUGAUGGGAAUUUGCUUGUUCAACUAACAGAAGAAAUCCUCUCAGAGGAUUUCAAAUUAAGCAAACUGCAGGUGAAGAAAAUCAUGCAAUUCAUUAACGGCUGGAGGCCCAAAAUAUAGACAAAUAACCCCAGCUAGCAUUGAACAAAACUGAUACAUGUGUGUGCUAGAAGGGGUGGGCUGGGACACGAUUUCAUGUUUUUUGCACUAAAAACCUUCUCUGUAAAUAGGGAUAAGAGAAACUCUUACUAUACAGAUUCCGCUUUUGAAUGGUGAACAGGCUAUUUUGUACGUCAAUAAAAAUGCUGUACAGAACACCUAGAGGUGUGCCUUGUACACCACUCAACACUCAACAGCUGCUAAACAAAAGGCACGUUCAGAGAAGUAAUUCUCACCCAGUAGGCCUGUGCAAGAAGGUAUGAUAUUUAUUACAAAAUAGCCAAAGCUGAAAGACAUAAGAAUCUUAAACACACACACACACACACACUUUUGAACAAUAAUUCCUUCCUUUGGGGGAAUCGACUUUAGACAAUUAACUCUAUUCUGUGCUCUGUUGUUUGGAUUACUCAAUGCUAAUUGUUUUACUCUUGUGCCUGACAAUGUUAGUGAUGACACUUUAAUGUUAUAUGCUUGGUGGGGAUCUUUUCAUCAAAAGGCAUUUUCCAAAAGUCACGUGUUGACAGAAGAUAAAUGACUUCCUUAGAGACCGAGCAAACCAUGGCCACAGCAAUGAUCUGUAACUGCUGCUAACUUUCCUGAGCAGAAGAAAAACACAGAAAAGAACCAUACAUGUAUGUGUACACGGUACAAAUGUAUAUGUUGUAAACAUCAUUUGAGUCUGCUAUUUUAGAUAAUGCCUGUUCAUUUCCCAAUACCCACUGAGGUGUGGGGCUGUUAACUAAGCUGACUCUUAGGAAGAGUGGACGGAAUGACCCAAAGGUUCUCAGAACCCUGCCCCUUGAAGCUCAGACUCAUUAGAGCUUCAUCACUAAAACCUUGGAAGGAAUCAGUAGAGAGUCUAUAUGGAAGAAUUAAAUUUGAUUUUAAGCCCAUGUGGGGCUGGGUUUGACAUAUAAUACUCCCAUGCCUGUGUCUGGGGAAAUGACAGUUUCUGUCCAGUGACAGUUCUUCCCAGGUUUAAGCAUCUUAUUCUCCUGAUUUCUGAAGUGAGGUCUGAACAGAUUUCUCCAAGUGUGUUAGGUGCUCUCAGAUAUCACACAACCAUCUUCUGUUACUAUAUGGGCCACAUCUGUUGAGACAUUUUUUAAAGUAUUGCUAAGAGUAUUUGUUUAGUGCAUAAACCUCUUCGUUCCUCCCUUCCAAAGAAAAUACACUACUACCAUACUUAAGAAUUUCAGAACAUGAUUCUGUCAAAUUUCGCCAAAUUGAUUAAAUAUUCCAAAAUAUAAUGGCCUCGCCAUCAUUUUAGACUUUUUGCAGUAAUAUAUAUCUGAGCAAAGUUUUAGUUCCCCAAGCAAGCUGUCACCAUAUUAGCCCUGGAGAAUGUCCCCAGAUUCCGGAUGUAGGGACAGUCUGUGACUGAGGUGUCAGUGUGGCUUGCAGGAUGCGCUUACAUCUCAUUAUCCACUCUUCCUGUUCACCAAAAUAAAUAAAAAAUGUAAAGGCAGACCCACCCAUUUAAUUUUGCAUACCUGUGCAAUACGGCUUUAUUUCUUGGUGUUCAAGAUAUUUGUAAUCUAUCUCAUGGUUUAGAACUGAGAUGAAUUGAUACCUCUUUGUUUUCCAUCUUAAAUGUCUUUUCUAAAAAUAUACGUAGACGUUUUCCAUAGCGCACUCACAGGGCAGGAGGCCUCUCAGCUACUCUCAUGUUGAGCGAGCAUCCUCUCUGAGGGGCAACUUCCUUAGUGAUGCUAACCUCUCAGAAUUUUCCCUUUAAAAUAAAAAGACAGGAUGCCAUGGAGAAGCUGCAUUUUGCGGGGGGGCAAACUCUUGCCAAAUUCAUUUUUUACACAUGUAGCCCUUGGACACAAGUUCAGGCAGGAGGAAAGCGCUGAGUUUGGGUUUACUACAAGGGGCACCCCACAUAAACAACUGAUGCUUUUAUCUUUUUUUGCAAAAACUUUACCCAAAAUAGUUUCUGUUUAUUUUUGUCUUGUCAUAUUUAUGUUGAGUUUGUGUUGAUGGCAACAUAGAGAGUCCUUGAGGGCAAGGCAGGGACUCUGGCCUUUGAUUCGUGUGUUCCAAAUCCAUCAAGCUCUUCCCUGUGCCCGGCACUAGGCUGGCGUGGCUCAGCAACGCUGACCAAGGACACAGCUCCUGCCCUCUUGGAAGUCAUAAUAUUUACAUUACAAAUCGCAGUUGCCGAGAGCAUGAAUGUGUGGGGAAGGACAUGAAACCCUCUGGGCAGUUGGAGGUAUGGAGAAUUAAGUGUGUCCUGUCUUUAAAGAACCCACAGAUGGAAGAAAUAUGGCCUCUAUUAAAGGGAUAUAAAACAAAUACAAUACCACAAGACACUGACAACUUGGAAUAUGUUGGAGGCAGAAAGCAACUCUGACUCCCACUGGCUAGCCUUCUCUUUGACUGAUUUGAGAUUUUUUUAACUGUAAUAAAUUUCUCCAGCAUCUCUGAAGCCACAGACAAAUGUAAUUGCUGUUCCUGAACUGAACGUGUCCAUAGGGGACCUUGGACCCUGGCUAACGAAGGCAUGCUUAGCCGGAGAGAAUGUAGACGAGAAAUCAGAGCAGGGGUAGGAAGGAAGCAGCCUCUCCCUUCUGACAGCUGUGGUUUUUGUAGUGAAUAGUGAAGUAUAGGUAUUCCCCACAAGCAGAAUUUUUUUCCAACCAACCAGGUCAAGACCAAGGACAUCUAGUCGGUUCCCUAUAGACAGUGCAGUGACCACAGCACUUGGGAGAAAGGGUCUGUCUACACAGGACCCUUUUAGGGAUCCUUAAAUUCAUGGCUAAAAUCAUCAUGGCCCCAUCAGAAAAGAAAAUCAGCAGAAAACCAAACCAAGCAACUGAAAUGUAAAAUGUGGGCCUGGCUCAGGUUGCGGGGGAGAACUCAAACACACAUCAACUCCUUUUCAGAAUCUUGCCAACGCCUGCACUGCCUCUCUCCUUGAAGUUGAGCUGCUCAGCUUUAUGAACUGUGAAAUUUACGUUUAUAUUCUUUCAACCCACAUAUACCAUUUAAGUUUAUGAAGUUGCAGCAAGCUGCCCCUUCGACUCCAUUGCAGUGUUUAUUCUUGUCUCGUGGAAAUAAAACAACAACCUUAUGGGAAAAUAUUAUGACAGUCCAUUCCAGCUGUUCUCAGACACAUCCAUAAACACCCUUUGUUCACAUUCCAGAACCACCUGCACGGCAUCCAUGUAGCUCCUCAAGAAGUUCGGGGGUAAGUGUGGAUGGAUAGAGGGUCCUUCAUUUUCCAAACACUAUGUUUAACAAGUCAUAGUCAUCGUGCCUCAAGAGUAUAAGAUUAACAUUUUGAAUAACAAACUGGAAAACAAAACAGUUCUCCAAAGAACCUCGUAAACUAGUCAAAGAAAAUUUUAACUUUGUCCACCAGAAAAGUUAGUUCUGAUGUUGGGCACAUGAGACUCUCAGAACUACAUCCACUGUAUCAGUUCCCACUGCUUCUCUACUCCAAUCAGUGCCCCAGGCUGCUAGGGCAAUGGGAGUGGAAUGCCGGAGUGGGAAGGUGGGGAGCAGGACUUCUCUGGUGCGGGGCUGUAGUAUUGUGGAGUUUCUGUGGCCACUUGUCAAAUCGCAUCGUUGAGUCUUUAAAAUUUGGUGUUUUAACAUUUGUCUAAUUGUGGAAGCCGGAGGUAAACGUGAUUUCAGUUAAAACUAUAUAGAACUAUCUUCUGUAAUUUUGCUGCUCUAAUUUUUAGGCUAUGAUUUUUGUAAUGAGCUGAUCAGAUUACAGAUUUCCUUUGUUUACAAUCUCACGUAGUAGGGCUCAGAUGAUUUCUUAGCUAUGAACCCCUUCUCCCACUUUCAUGUUAAGUUCCAUUUAAAAUGCUCUUUAAGCUAAGCCUAAAAAUUGAACUCCAUUAAAGAUGGCGGCAUUUUCCUUAACGUAAAUGGAAAUGAUAUAUUCUCUUCAAAGAAUUUUAUAACCUUUUACUCUUUCAUGGCUUGGAAAACUGAAGUUGUUAACUACCAGUUAACAGUUGCAUUAUUUUCCAGAGCGUUAUCUAAUGGGCCCAAUGUGUACCUCAAGAUAAACAUGGUAUGUUAUGUCUAAAAAAAUUGUUGUUGAUCUAAAUGGUUCUGAAAUGUCUAUAAAUAAAGAAAUUUUAAAAGUU